AUGGAUCUUAUAUGCAAUUCGUACGCCAACGACUCCGACGACGAACCCGAACCCGAACCCGAACUAGUGACCGAUAAGCGAUUCGCAUCUGUAAUCUCCCCACCGUCUAUUCCUUUGAAGCGUCCAUACCCAGGACCAGCGGAUCGACAGCACAAACCAGCUCGUCGACCGAAUCCUCCGUAUGGUACUUAUUCAGAUCCUCAAACGAGCUCUCCAGCUCCGAUUCCGAUUUCAGUUCCAGGUCGGUACGUUUCCAAGAGAGAGCGAUCGCUUCUAGCUUCUCUCCCAACGGCUCCGAAUCAAAAUCCGGCUACGGAUUUGAUUCAGAAACCCUCCGUUACCUCUCCUACUGUUCUCGGGAGCAUCUCAGACUCAGAAAUGCCCCGCCAUGUUCGAUCGUCACGGCGAACCGAAAUGCCCAGUAGAAUGUCGAUUUCGUUAACCGGUCACGCAAAGGCUGUUACUGCUAUUGAUUGGUCAACUAGUCAUGUUCAUCUUCUUGCCUCAGCGGGACUCGACGGUGCUGUUUACGUGUGGAACGUGUGGAGCAGCGGUAAGAAGAAAGUGCGGGCUUUUCUCAAUCACAAUGCACCGGUGAAAGAUGUGAAAUGGUCGAAUCAGGGACUAUCGUUGCUUUCUUGCGGAUAUGACUGCACGGCGAGGCUGUUCGAUGUCGAAAGAGGGGUAGAGACGCAGACUUUCAAGGAGGAUCAGGGUAUUGGAGCUGCUAAGUUCCAUCCGGAUAAUUCCAACCUGUUUCUCUCAGGAGGAUUCAAGGGCAGUCUUAGGUUAUGGGACGUUAGGAGCAACAAAGCUGUGCAUGAGUACAACGUCCGAGAUCUUGGACCGGUUCUUGAUGUUGAGUUUAUCUCCGGCGGGAAGCGGUUCGUCUCUUCGAGCGAUGUGUCAGGCAGUAAUAGAAGUGAGAACGCUGUGAUAGUCUGGGAUGUUUCCAGAGAGGUUCCUCUAUCUAACCAGGUCUAUGCAGAGGCGUACACAUGCCCUUGCGUCAAACGUCACCCGAAAGAGCAAGUCUUCGUCGCGCAGUCACACGGGAACUACACGGCGAUCUUCUCGGCGAACCCGCCUUUCAAGCUCAACAAGUACAAGAGGUACGAAGGUCACUGGGUCGCUGGUUUCCCGAUAAACUGCGACUUUAGCCCCGACGGAGAAACUUUAGUCUCUGGCUCGUCUGAUGGUUCGGUGUACAUGUACGGUUACAAGUCGUCUGAGCUUGUUAAGAAGCUCAGGGCUUAUGAACAUCCCUGCGUUGAUGUUGCGUACCAUCCUGUUUUGCCUAACGUGGUCGCGUCUUGUAGCUGGGACGGACAAGUCUCUGUUUUUGAGUGA